UUCUUGUCUUGCCUCCAGCAGCUCCUCUCACCCUCGCCUGCCCGCCGCACGCCCAGCAUGGCCACCCUCUCCAACCCGCCACAGACGUACGAGCCGCGGCGUCCGGCGCCCGUGCGCUCCGCGCUGCCGCAGCGCAGCGCCCUCGCGGCCCUCACGCCCAACAACGUCGGCCAGCUGCGCCGCCUCAACGCCGUCCUCUUUCCCGUGCGCUUCAGCGAGCGCUGGUACCGCGACGUGCUCGGCCGCGACGUGCAGCUCAUCAACCGCUUCGUCCUCUUCAACGACAUUCCGGUGGGCAACAUCUGCUGCCGCUUCGAGCGGCUCGACGGCGGCAAGAAGGUGGCCGUGUACAUCAUGACGCUCGGCGUGCUUGCGCCGUACCGGCGAUUGGGGCUUGCGUCGAAGCUCAUUGCGCACCUGCUCUCCGUCGCGGGCGUCGGCGACACGGUGGACCUCGUCGACCCCAACGCGCCGGCGCCGACGCCCGUCAAGGGCAAGGACGGCAAGGAGACGAAGCCCGACCCCGUCACCGAGCAGCUCGUCGUCGAGAGCAUCUACCUGCACGUGCAGACGGGCAAUGACGAGGCAAAGGCCUUCUACGAGAAGCACGGCUUCAAGGAGACGAAGCGCGUCGAGGACUACUACCGCGCCAACAUCGAGCCGCGCAGCGCGUGGCUGCUCGAGCGGCGGGACUAGAGAAUAGAAGCAUUCACAAAGGACAGACUCAGACAGGCAGGGACAGCCGAGAAGGAGAUUCGAUUAGAGGUUGCCU